AUGUGUUUACAGGAUGAUGGAUUAGACCCCUCACAUUAUGUUUCAGCACCAGGAAUGUUUAAUGAUUUAUUAUACAAAAGUAGCGAAGUUGAGAUUAAGCUAAUGACGGAUAUGGAUGAGUAUUUGAUGGUGGAAAAUGGGAUUCGUGGAGGUAUGACAAUGGUAAGUCAACGAUAUGCCAAAGCUAAUAAUGAAAAAUGUCCCGAUUAUGAUCCUAACAAACUAAAAUUCUGGAUCAUGUAUGAAGAUAUGAAUGCUUUAUAUUCAGGCGCAAUGACGCAAUACAUGCCUACAGAGAUUUUAGGAAAGGUAGGUCCAGAAGAAAUUUCCGAUAUUCAAAGUAUUGAACCUGAUGCUGAAAUAGGAUAUAUGCUUGAAGUUGAUUUAGAAGCACCUAUAAACAUGCAAGAUUUCUUUGCAGAUUAUCCUUUAGCACCAGAAAAGCAAAUCGUACCAGAAAAUUGGCUUAGUUUAUAUAAUGAAAGAUUAGUACAUGACAAAGCAGUUAGAGCUCUACAGAUAUAUAUGAAAUUCGGAAUGAAAAUUACAAAAAUUCACAGUGUUUUAAAAUUUCGUCAAUCUCCAUGGAUGAAAAACUAUAUCGAGAAAAAUAUUCGUAAAAGAAAAAUUGCCAAAGCUAACAAAGAGGAGUUUGGGGUCAUGUAUUAUAAACUUAAGAAUAAUGCAGUAUUCGGAAAACAGAUGGAAAAUGUUUGUAAACAUAUGAGAGUAGAAUUACUUAGAUUUGAUCAAGAUAAAAAACUAACUCGUCUCGUUAGAUCUCCAUUAUUUGAUGAAACAAAGGGAGGACCAAUAGGUAAGUCAGUAUGUUUGAAACUGAAAAUGUAUUCAGUCCUUCUAGCUGGGUAUGAUCCAAAAACUCCUAAAACAGAUACAGAUUUCGAAAAAGAGUUAGAGGAAGAAGAAUCUAGAAAAUCUCAAGAUAACUACGAUCUCGAAUAUAAGAAAGAGUAUGAUGAAUUUAUCAAAGAAUAUGGAUGGGAUAUUGAUAACCCCGAAUUCACUCCUCAGUGGUACGACUGGAAAGAACUUUUUGAUAUAAUCUUGGAGUAUUGGGAUGAGAAGGUGAUUAGACAGUGGAGAGAAAAGGCACUUCAACGUAUAAUAUCCAAAAUGACAGAAAAAUUUAAUAAACAUGCAGAACGAAAAGCAAAAAAUAAGCUUAAAUAUCUCCAAGCAUCCAUCACAGUUUUGGAAAUCGAAAUGCGGACAUUCCAAAUAAAACUCGAAAAUAUUAUCCAACGAUAUUCUGAAACCGAUACAUCUAAUGAUGUGGAAAUUCUCACUUACACCUCAAAAGAUAUACUGGUAAAAAAGAUACACGAAUCUAAAGACCUUGGUCCAGUCUAUUCUACGUGUAAAAAGAAGCGAAAUAAGAACAAGAAGAAACUCCUGUUUACAAAAUCAAAUGGUUGCCCCUUUACCAACUGUGGAAAAAGCGUCGAGACUAUUACCGAAGCUAGCACAGCCGAAACGGAGCCUAGACGCAAUUCAGAAUUCAGCACUUCGUCAUUAGUUGGGAAGAUGGGAAACCAACUUAAUAUCCAGUCUCAAGAAAUUAUUGAUGAAGAAAUGACGGAUGCGGAUAAUAGGGAAAAUAAAGAUAAUAGCGGAGCUAGUGCCAAGGCACAUAAUUCGAAGGAUAAGGCCACUGAUAUGGGUGAGGAGUCUAAUAAAAGACCUAUCGAAGUUGACUCUGAAGAGCCGAAUACCACGCAAGAUAAAUUCCCCAGUAAGAAAGCGAAGAAGGAAGUUAAAAACAAGGAUUCCCAGAUACUGAAACGACUUAUCAAGAAGUUAAGUAGUAAUAGUAGUCCGCAGGUAUCUGAAAUUAGCGUAGAAGAGGGUGAGAAUUCUGAAAAUUUGCUUCACUUAUACAAUAAAAUUAUUAAUGCCGAGAUUCGUAAAGAGAUUGCAAGUCAAGAAGUCAUAAAAUCUUAUUAUUCAUUUGGAAAAGUUCUCUCGUAA